AUGGACGAGGAGCUGCUGAAGGAGGGCUCCUCCAGUCCGGAGAGCUCUGUCAAAAGCGUGGAGGAUCUAGCCGACGAGCUGAGUGGCGGCGACGAGGACGCGCUGCGCCGCUUGGAAGACGAGUUCGACGAGACGUUCCGCCGCCUGGCGACGAGACCGAUUGCGAAACCGACGACGGCGGAGCUGACGGAGAAGAAAAAGAAGCAGAAGAAGAAGCCGGCGGACGAGCCGACGAAGGUGCCAGCGUCGGAGCCGACGAAGGAGCCAGCGUCGGAGCCGACGAAGGAGCCAACGUCGGAGCGGACGGACGAGGCGACCCCGGAGCCGACGAAAGCGCCAACGUUGAAGCCGAUGACAGAGCCAGAGUCGGAACUGACGAAGGAGCCAAAGUCGGAGCUGACGAAGGAGCCAACGUCGGAGCCGACUGAGGUGCCGACGGCGGCCGUCCGACGGCGGCACCAGGACGAUACCCUCGGCGAGGCGGCGGCGAGCGGCGAGGCGAGCCGAAACUCGGACGGCUUCUCGGAAGUCAGCGCCACCCUGCGGCGGCUCGAGGACGACCUCAUCGAGCAGCUGGCGCGCAUGGGCGACCGCGACGUCUGCGAGCUCUCCGUGCGCGAGAAGCGCGGCUUGUUCGAGCCGAGCGGCGCCGCCGCCGCCGCCCGCAGCGUCGGACCCGACGAGGCGGUCCCGGCCGAUGCGCGGGCGGCUGCUGGGAGGUCUGAGGAAGGGGACACGGAGCGGCCGGAGCUCAGGCCGCUGCCGGACCGCAGCGCGCCACUGUCUUCGCCUGCGCGGUAUGACGUCACCACGUCAGGCGACGAGCGUCUGACGGAGACGGACGAGCCAACGGAAGAGGACUCGUCGGUGCGCAUGCGCGGGCCGUGCGCCGGCCAAUCGGAAGAAACCGAGGACGAGUGGACGCCGCUGGGCGAGCCGGAGCUGCAGGGGUGCAGCACCUUCACUCCCGAGCUGCCCGAGGUCGUGUUCAUCGACUCGGACCACUGCGAGUCUCUGAGCUCCGGCGGCCGCCUGGCGCGGCUCGUGCGCCGCUUCGAGUCGGGCGAAGAGCCCGUCGACACCGACGAGGAGCGUCGCUCGCCGCCGGUGACUCGGCGGAGGCACAGCCUGGCCGGCGACGGGCUGACGACGCUGGCAGACGUCGAUCGUACGUCCGCGCGGGACGGCAUCGCCAUGGAGAUCGAGCCGGGGCACGUGCAGGGCGUGAAGAGCACCUUUCUCUCGUCCGUCAAGUCGUCCAGCGUCGUUACCAGGACGCUCGCGUCGGAGAGCAACGCCAUCGUGCCGGCGGCUGCGCCGGGCGACGCGACGGAGGACACCGAGCAGAGCGGCACGCUUUACAUGAAGGUACGCGCCACCACACCGGUGCUAACACUGUCGAGCGACGCGCUCGCGCAGCAGCCCGCUCCUGGGGCGCCGCUGGCCACCUCACCCAUCUGCCGCGUCCAGGUGGGCGGCGCGGCGUCCGGGGAGGACUCGGUCACGUCAUCCGGCAGCGGGCAGGACAGCGGCGGCGACGUGCUUCGCGACAUCCAGAAGAACCUGGCCGAGCCUGCCGAGGCCCCGGAGCUGGAGAGGCCUGAGAGCGUGUGGGACUACACCGAAGACGGCGGCUGGAGGCGCGGUCGCUGGGCCAGCACGCACAGCAUUCGCUCCCAGGAGCCGGAGGACUGCGUUGACACGCUCAGGUCAGAAGCUGACACGCUCAGGUCAGAGACUGUCACGAUCUGGUCAGAGCCCGCCACGCUCAAGUCAGAGACUGUCACGCUCAGGUACUGGUACCUCUGA